AUGCUGAUAAACCAGGACUCUGGAGGAUCACGAAGAAAAGAUAGAACUAGUGAAUUACCUGAACCCCUGAUUCAUCUCAUUCUCAGUUUUCUUCCGACCAAAUGGGUCGUUUCUACAAGUGUUUUAUCUAAAAGAUGGAGGUACAUUUGGACCUCAGUGCCUGUUAUUGAUCUUCGUAAAGUGGAAUUUCCAUCAAUUGGUAGAUUACUCGACACAAAUGAGGAGCAUGAAAGAGCUGAAAAUUUAUAUUCAUUGCAGUUUCAGAGGCUUAUGAAUUUUGUUGACAAAAAGCUUUCUCUUCACCAUGAAACACGGGAUAUAAAGAAAUUUGAUCUUGACAAUCUUGAUGUGCAAAGGUUUCAGGUCGAAGAAUGGGUAUCUGAUUUGUUUACGAGGCAAAGUCUUGAAGAGUUUGUUUUCUAUGCAGAAAGUUCGCCUGAAGGUUUUUUUCCUUCAAGGGGAACAUAUGCAUCACUGACUAUAUUGGAGUUGGGUACAUGGGAUCCAGUUUAUCUUCCUGAUGCAAUAAACUUUCCAAAUCUCAAGAUUUGUCGGCUUAGAAAUGCCACACUGUAUAUGCAUUCUGAAGAUCUGACUCAGCAAUUCUAUUCUAACCUCCCCGUUCUCGAAGAAUUGGAGUUGACAGACUGCGACUGGGAAAUAUCUGAAUUAUUAAUUUCAGCUCCUGCUUUGGAAAAUUUAAGAUUAACAUUUUCCAAAAUUUAA